AUGUGGGAGGUAGGCCCGAAACUUUGGUUGUAUGGGGCGUGUGCGCAAAUGGGCUCCCAGUGCGCGCGCCCUUCUCCGGGGACCCCGACACGCGGCCUUCUCAUCCGCGUGGGCAGCGCGGUGAGAGAGCCCGGUUACCGGGAGGCCCAAUCACCCGUGGUCAGUUCUAACGGGUCGCCUUAUGAGGAGUCUGAUUGCGAUUCGAUUGGCAGUGGACCGGUUACCAGCAGCGACAGUAAUUCAUCAAAUGGCGUCGUGCCGUUGGAACCGUUGUCACCAUGGAUUUUCAAAGAUAGCUAUUUUUCCGCUCCUUUGUGGCAUGCACCAAAUCGUGUGGGACGGAGCUCUGAAACGACUUCAGGGUGUGCUGCACAUCCCAACUGCAAACCACUGGGCCCCUGUUCGAGACAAUCAGAUGACUUUGUAUCGGCUGCGAACCCGCCAACCCCAGACCCACAGACAAAAUUAGAUGAAGCAACCAAGAGGAUGUUUCUGGAUUUCUACCACAGGAACCGCAAAGAACAGAGACGUCAUGAAGAGGUUCUCAAAGCUGCUUCGCGAGUUGUUGACCGUUCAAUUGAAAGUUGUCCGCCAUUCGUUUCGGCGGUAUCCCUCGAGGCAAUUCAGGAUCAGAACCCCCAAAGCCCUGUCCCGGCAGAUGCACUUGCAAGACAGGAGGCAGAGGCACUGGCAGUUGAAGCCCUGGACGUAUUUAGCCCGGAUGAAAAGUACACUCGUCUAGAUGAGUUCCUGGCCCUCGUCAAUGCAAUUCAAAACGAAUACCAGUCGGAGAGGCAUCGAGGCCGGGCCGUCCGAGGCCCGAAUCGCGCCUCAACAUUCGGCGCAUUGCGGACCCCACCGGAAGGAGACUGA